CCAUCACCCAAACUCAAAAACCUUCUCUAGGCAAACGAACCUUCAGCACAGAGCAACAACUAACACUAUGGCCUGCUGCGCUACCAGCUUCUGUGGUUUCCCCACAUGUUCCACUGGUGGCACCUGUGGUUCUAGCUGCUGCCAGCCCAGUUGCUGCCAACCUAGCUGCUCCCAGUCCAGCUGCUGCCGGCCUAGCUGCUGCCAAUCCAGCUGCUGCCGGCCUAGCUGCUGCCAAUCCAGUUGCUGCCAACCCAGCUGCUCCCAGACCAGCUGUUGCCAGCCCAGCUGCUCCCAGGCCAGCUGCUGCCAACCUAGCUGCUCCCAGACCAGCUGCUGCCAGCCCAGCUGCUGUCAGACCAGCUGUUGUGGAACUGGCGGUGGCCAGCAGGGUGGCAGUGGAGCCGUGAGCUGCCGCAUCAGAUGGUGCCGCCCAGACUGCCGCGUGGAGGGCACCUGCCUGCCCCCAUGCUGUGUGGUGAGCUGCACACCCCCAACCUGCUGCCAGCUGCACCAUGCCCAGGCCUCCUGCUGCCGCCCAGCCUACUGCGGACAGUCCUGCUGCCGCCCAGCCUGCUGCUGCCACUGCUGCCAGCCCAGCUGCUCCCAAUCCAGCUGCUGCCAGCCCAGUUGCUCUGAGCCCAGCUGCUGUGAGCCUACCUGUUAAGACCCAGGUUACUGAUUCUCAAAGGUUCAACUUUCAACUCCUGGGCCGCUACCACUUUCUUCGACUUUGAUUUGGCUUGUUUGGGGUCUCACAGAACUUUUUUUUUUUAUCUAGCACUAGAAAGGCUUUGAUAUCACCUGUGAAAAUU